AUGUCUAUUGAUCCAUUAGAGAAAUUUCAUUUACAAUUCCAAAGUUUUGUAGAAAAUAAUCCAAAUGUAAUAUCUGCUGCUAGAGCUGCAUCUCAAAUACCAGAAGCUGCUAAAGCUGUAAUCAUACUAUCCCCUUUAUCGUUACAACAUAUCUUUAGUAGACAAUGGGUCUCAAAAUCUUAUAAAAAGACUAUUGUGGAGAGACCUGAAAGAUUAUUAGCAUCUUCGAUAGGUAUUGCUGCUGCAAUAACCAUGUACCCGGCAUUAUUCUCCUUAAAAUCUUCUUUUAAUAGGAUGGGUUCAUUAACAGCACCACAUGUAACAAAAGUUCAUGCGAAGAGUUGGUCAUAUGAAAUUACUAAACUUUGUCAAGAAGCAAGUUUCAAACUAUCGGAAGGUCAAAUUGAAGUUCCUGACGAUUGGAAUUCCGGUGAUAUUUAUUUGAGCCCAACUACCAUUAAUGCAUUGUGUGGUACUAUUGGUGCCAUAGAGACAGGAAUAGAUACAAUCUUUUCAGGCCCAUCUCCUGAACAUAUAUGUAAUAGAACUUUCGUUGCUAUACGACCACCUGGACAUCAUUGUCAUGUGUCCACUCCUUCCGGUUUUUGUUUAUUAAACAAUGCACACAUAGCUAUAGAAUAUGCUUUUGAUAAAUAUGAUGUUACACAUGCAGUCAUCUUAGAUUUCGAUUUACAUCACGGGGAUGGAUCUCAAGCCAUAUGUUGGAAAAGAGCUGGAUUCAAGCCUGACGACAGCGAUAGAAACGAACACAUCUCAAACUAUAAGAGCAAAAAAAAUAUAAAAUAUGAUGAGCUAAACAAUAAUAUCACUGAUAAUAAGGUUGAUUCCAGUGAAAAUUAUAAUGACGACAACAUUGAUAAUUAUAAUGAUUUUGGUAAAAAAUUGGCCAGAUUUCCAAAAGUUGGGUAUUUUUCAUUACAUGAUAUUAAUUCAUUCCCCACUGAGACGGGCUAUGCAACAAGUGAAAACAUAAAAAAUGCAUCCACUUGUAUUAUGAAUUCACAUGAUUUAAAUAUUUGGAAUAUUCAUUUAUCUCCAUGGGAUAAUGAAGAGGAUUUUAUGAAACUGUACCGUUCGAAAUAUAGGACAUUAUUUGCCAAAGCUGAUGAAUUUUUUAAACUUUCGAAACAAGAAAUGUUAAAGUUAAAGAAACCAUUUAAGGGACUAGUGGUUAUUAGUGCAGGGUUUGAUGCAUCAGAAUAUGAACAACAUUCAAUGCAAAGACAUAAUGUUAAUUUACCCACUGAAUUUUACACUAUUUUUACUAAAGAUGCUUUAAAAUUGGCACAAAUGCAUUGUCAGGGGAAAGUUAUUUCUUUGAUGGAAGGUGGAUAUUCAGAUAAGGCUAUAUGUUCUGGUGUAUUUGCACAUUUAAUCGGACUACAAAAUCAAGAUUGGAUUAAAGAAUGGGGAUCAGAACAAGUAGUCAAAGAAAUAUCUCGUGGAUGCAAACCAAAUUGGAAGCCAUAUAAGUCUAAAAAAUCUAAAGAUGUAAUUAGAAUUUGGGCGGAAGAAGUCAUCAAAUUAGGUAGAGCUAUGAUCCCAGAAUUUGAAGAUGUCAUAUUUAAAGAGGCUAAUCCCUCUAUCCCUUCAAAAAAAUCCGAAGGAACUAUUGCACAAAGAAUUAGCAGGAAUAAAGUUCAAUCUCAAGAAGCUAAUGGAAAACCAUCAAGAAGAUUAAAACAAGAUAUACCAUUUUUACAACAGGAAUUUUCUAGUGAGGAUGAAGAAGAUGAUGCAGAUUAUGUUUAUGAUGAAGAAUUGAAUAAAACUUUUAAUCAAACGGUGGAAGAUAUCACAAUUGAUGAUAUAUCUAGACAUUUAGAGACUUUGGAAAUUAUUCAAAGUGAUGAAGAGACGGAUGCAAAAUAUAGCAAACUUGAUACAGUACAAAAACAAAAACAUUCUUUUUCCACAAAAUAUCAGUAUAAAGCUCCGUCAAAUUUUACAAAAAGACAAAUAAGGUACGACCAAACAUCAAAUCCGUCCUUACAACCGUAUGAUGACACUGAUAUAUCUAUGAUUUCACAUAUCUCUACCAGAAGACAUACUACAAGAAGUGGUAGAAAAUGGUAA